AGGUCACUUUUCAACAUGGAGAGUGGAGCAGGGAAGCACUGGACCGAAGAGGAGGUUAAGGCUUUGCUGAGCGUCUGGUCCGAGAAGAACAUAAGGAAGCAACUUCACGGCACCCUGAGGAAUAAAGGCAUAUUCAUCUACAUUGCCAAGAGGCUUCGGGAGCUAGGAGUCUGCAGAGACUGGAAACAGUGCCGGGCAAAGUACAAGAACCUCAAGUACGAAUACAGGACAGUGAAAUACGCGCACGACUCCGGAGAUGCCUCGAAAACCAUGAAGUUCUUUCGAGACCUGGACGCGAUCCUGCGGCGGGAACGGGUGGCCCGGCUGACGGAGGACGGAGGCGGCAGGUGCCCGGCUCCCGAGGAUCCUCGGCUGAACCCGGGGCCGGCCCGGGGGUUCGCUCCAGUUUCAACUGGAAACUCCGUUUCACCCUCGGGUGAAAUAUCCGUUGCUCUAGAAGAGGAGGAGGAAGAGGAGGAGAUCAGAGACGAUCCACUGCUUCUCAUUUCCCACGUCAGACCGAUAGAACUAGGUAACCCCUAUCCCUGUGCGUCGCCCACCCCGCCUGAUCCAGGUGAGCCACCGUCGACUCCGGACCCUACCGAUCGUCCGCCCCUCAUUCCAAUGGUGGCCAACGAGGGAGGAAAGCACUGGACCGUGAAUGAAGUCAGGGCUCUCAUAGACGUUUGGGCCGACAAAAACAUCCAACGGCAACUGGAAGGGACGGUGAGGAAUAAAAGGAUAUUCGAGCAAGUCGCGGCGAAGCUACAGAAACAUGGAAUAGAGCGGGACUGGAAGCAGUGCAGAACAAAAUACAAAAACCUAAAGCACGAAUACAAGAUCGUGAGGCACGCGCGAGAUUCCGGGGGGACCUCAAAAAGGAUGAAGUUUUUCACCGAGUUGGAUGCUAUCCUGGGGCACGACAACGCGAGACAGCCUAACACGCCUGAAAGCAGAGACGAGGCUACGAUGGAAAAGGGGCGCUCCGAAAUUCCUGGAGGUUGCAGUGAAGAGGGUCCCGGAAAAAACGUGUCAGAAGAAGCAAGGGUUACAGACGUCAAAGAAAUCCCCGAUGCAGUGCUCCCUGACAGAACGGACCAAGACAACUCUGCAAGUGACCUUUCAGAAGACCUAGGGCCCGCCUUCAUCAAGGAGGAAAACGCCGAGACGGUCGAAGAGCCAGAUGCUGAAGACUUCACGCCUAACCCUUCAAAAGACCCAAGUGUUGUCCGCAUUAAAGAAGAAAGUCUAGACAUAGACCACGACUCUACGAGCAACACCUCUGAAGACCAGGCUGGCCCCACGACAGCCAAACGGGGAACUGUGGAAGAAAACCCAGAAAAUCUUAGCCCUUUAGGAGAUGCCCAGAAUCACUUCCGCAUCAUCACGGUGAGCGACACGGGAGCAGGGAAACACUGGAGCGACAAUGAAGUCAGAGCCCUGAUCCACGUGUGGUCGGAUGAAAGCAUAAGGCAGAUGCUGGAAGGAGCGACGAGAAACAAGGAAAUAUUCGAGGAGAUCGCCAGAAGGUUGCUGUGGUUUGGAAUCGACAGAGACUGGAAGCAGUGCCGCACCAAGUAUAAGAACCUCAAAUACGAAUAUCGGGUGGGGCAGAAAGGCAGCGACCUGGGGAGCCCCCGCAGGAAGAUGAGAUUCUAUGAGGAAAUCGAUGGCAUCCUUAGGCCAAGGGCUCCGAGGGCGACGAGCUGGAGAAGCGGGUGCCCCAAACCUGCAGAGUCGCCCAAGGACCCCGGCUUAAGCCCAGGCACCGUGAGCGUCAAGAGGAGAGCGUACGGAGCCGAAUCAGCACCUGUUCCUCUUAAGAGAAGGACUUUUGAGAACAAUGCAGACCAGCUGCCCAGGCGUGUCACAGAACGCUCUUCGGAUGGAUUUUACAGACAAGAGAUCCCUUCCACCGUUCAGACACGGCUUCCCGGGAAUCAAACCGUCCCACAGGUCCUCCCCGCCGGGCCCAUGGACUCCGCCGCAGAGCUGAAGCGUGGUGAAAAACUGUACGAGGGAAAGACCAAAGAAGUCUACCUGUUGCCGCAUCUCCCGGGAAAUGUCCUGCUGCAGUCCAAAGACCAGAUUACGGCAGGAAAUGCCGCCCGGAAGAACCACUUGGAAGGAAAGGCUGCCAUCUCCAACAAAAUCACCUGCUGUAUUUUCCAGUUGCUUCAGGAAGCGGGGAUCAAGACGGCUUUCACCAAAAAACACGGAGACACUGCCUUGGUCGCCCUCCAGUGUGAAAUGAUCCCGAUCGAGUGGGUGUGCAGAAGGGUAGCCACUGGCUCUUUUCUCAAAAGGAACCCCGGCGUCCAGGAGGGUUACCGGUUUUACCCACCAAAAGUGGAAUUGUUUUUCAAGGAUGAUGCCAAUAAUGACCCCCAGUGGUCUGAAGAGCAGCUGAUUGCUUCCAAACUGACCUUUGCCGGGCUGACGAUUGGCCAGACUGAAGUGGACAUCAUGAGCCACGCGACCCAGGCGAUCUUCGAGAUCCUGGAGAAAUCCUGGCUGCCCCAGGACUGCACACUGGUGGACAUGAAGAUUGAAUUUGGUGUCAGCGUGUCCACCAAGGAGAUCGUUCUGGCCGAUGUAAUCGACAACGAUUCCUGGAGGCUCUGGCCGUCGGGAGACAGAAGCCAGCAGAAGGACAAGCAGUCUUACCGGGACCUCAAGGAAGUGACCCCCGAAGGCUUGCAGAUGGUGAAGAAGAACUUCGAGUGGGUCGCGGAGAGAGUGGAGCUGCUUCUGAAAUCGGACAGCCGCGGCAGGGUGGUGGUGCUGAUGGGCUCCACUUCCGACCUCGCUCACUGCGAAAAGAUCCGGAAGGCCUGCGGACACUUCGGCAUCCCCUGCCAACUUCGAGUCACGUCUGCCCAUAAGGGGCCCGAUGAGACGCUGAGGAUCAAGGCUGAGUAUGAAGGAGACGGGGUUCCCACCGUGUUUGUGGCCGUGGCUGGGCGGAGCAAUGGUUUGGGACCCGUGAUGGCCGGCAACACCGCCUACCCAGUGGUCAACUGUCCUCCGCUCACAGCUGACUGGGGGGCCCAGGACGUCUGGUCUUCCCUCCGGUUGCCCAGUGGUCUCGGUUGCCCGACCAUCCUCGCCCCAGAAGGGGCCGCCCAGUUCGCUGCCCAGGUUUUGGGGCUGAACAACCACCUGGUCUGGGCCAAGCUCCGAGCCAGCCUGCUGAACACCUGGAUCGCCCUGAAGAAGGCCGACAGGGACCUCCGCACCUGAAGCCACCCAAGCCGCUCCCACAACCGCUCCCAAUCGGAAUGUGCUCCGGGAUCCCAGCGAUCGAGUUAAAAGAUGCAGGCUACCGUACGGAAAAUAAAAGCUACCGGUAUAUUGUGGGCAGGAAAUGUGCCUGUUCUGUUGUUAUACUCUCGUAAGCGCUCAAUAAAUACGACUGACCGACAAA